GUCCCGUCCCGUGCCCGCGCUCCGCGCCGCCUCUUGCGGCCGCCCCGCUCGGCUCGCAGCUGACGGGGGCAGCCCCUUGUUUACUGGCCGGGGCGCCGCCGCCAGCCCGGCCUGCGCUGGAAGGGGCCGCCGGGCCGGGGCCGACAUCGCGGGCAGGGAGGGGCCCGGCGCUAUAAAGGGGCUCCGCGGGGGCUCCACCGGCGAUGCUCGGCCGGGCCCGGCCCCCGCGCCCGCCCCGCGGGCUCUGAUUCGCGCCGGGCGGCGGCGGCCGCGGCAGCGGCGCGGGAUGGGACCGAGAGCGGCGGCGGCGGCGGCGGCGCUGGCCGUGGCCGUGGUGCUGGGAGCCUGGUGCGGCCGCGGCCGCGGCGAGAUUUGCAGGAGCAUGGACAUCCGCAACAACCUGACCAGGCUGAACAUGCUGGAGAACUGCACUGUGAUCGAGGGCCACUUGCAGAUCCUGCUGAUGUUCAAAACCAAGCCCGAAGAUUUCCGCGAGCUCAGCUUCCCCAAGCUGACCAUGAUCACAGACUACCUGCUGCUGUUCCGUGUCUAUGGCCUGGAGAGCUUGAAGGGCCUCUUCCCCAACCUCACUGUGAUCAGAGGGACUCACCUGUUCUUCAACUACGCCCUGGUGAUCUUUGAGAUGGUUCACCUGAAGGAAAUUGGCCUCUACAACCUGAUGAACAUCACCCGGGGCGCCGUGCGCAUUGAGAAGAACAACGAGCUCUGCUACCUGUCCACCAUCGACUGGUCCAGGAUUUUGGAUUCUGUAGAAGACAAUUACAUUGUGGCCAACAAGGAUGACAAAGAAGAGUGUGGAGAUGUGUGCCCAGGCACUGUGAAAGGGAAGAGCAACUGUCCCCCCACGGUGAUAAACGGGAUUUUCAUCGAGCGCUGCUGGACGCACGAUCGCUGCCAGAGAGUCUGUCCCCCUGCCUGCAAGUCCCAGGGCUGCACGGCGGACGGGCAGUGCUGCCACAGCGAGUGCCUGGGGGACUGCACGGAGCCCAACGACCCCGGCAAGUGCGUGGCCUGCCGCAACUUCUACCUGGACGGGAGGUGUGUGGAGAACUGUCCCCCUGGGCACUACCGCUUCGAGGGCUGGCGCUGCGUCACCUUCAGCUUCUGCCAGGAGCUGCACAACAAGUGCAAGAACGCCCGCGAGUCGGGCUGCCAUGUCAUCCACAACAACGAGUGCGUGCACGAGUGCCCCUCGGGAUACAUCAUGAACUCCAGCAACCUGCACUGCACGCCCUGCGCGGGGCCCUGCCCCAAGGUGUGUGACUUUGGCAAGGAGAAGACCAUCGACUCGGUGACGUCGGCGCAGGAGCUGCGGGGCUGCACCGUGGUGAACGGCAGCCUGGUCAUCAACAUCCGCGGGGGAAAUAACAUAGCAGCUGAGCUGGAAGCAAACCUUGGCUUGAUAGAAGAAAUCUCAGGUUACCUAAAAAUCCGCCGCUCUUACGCCUUGGUUUCUCUUUCCUUUUUUCGGAAGCUCCAUCUGAUCAGAGGAGAGACACUCGAAGCUGGGAAUUACUCUUUUUAUGCCUUGGACAACCAGAAUCUUCGCCAGCUCUGGGACUGGAGCAAACACAACCUCACUAUUGCACGGGGCAAACUCUUCUUCCAUUACAACCCCAAGCUGUGCUUGUCAGAAAUCCACAAGAUGGAAGAGAUCUCUGGGACUAAGGGGCGUCAGGAGAGGAAUGACAUAGCCCUGAAAACCAAUGGGGAUCAGGCCUCGUGUGAAAACGAACUGCUGAAAUUUUCUUCCAUUAGGACUUCUCAUGACAAGAUCCUGCUGAAGUGGGAGCCCUACUGGCCCCCCGAUUUCCGUGACCUCCUGGGGUUUAUGCUGUUCUACAAGGAGGCUCCCUACCAGAACGUGACGGAGUUUGAUGGCCAGGACGCCUGUGGCUCCAACAGCUGGACAGUUGUGGAUGUUGACCCCCCACCACGCUCAAACGAGCCCAAAGCCCAGGCCCAGCCAGGCUGGCUCCUGAGGGGCCUGAAGCCCUGGACACAGUAUGCAGUGUUUGUGAAAACCCUGGUCACCUUCUCCGACGAGCGGCGGACGUACGGCGCCAAGAGCGAGAUCAUCUACGUGCAGACCAACGCCACGGUUCCGUCGGUCCCGUUAGAUCCCAUAUCUGUCUCCAACUCCUCAUCCCAAAUCAUCCUCAAGUGGAAGCCUCCCUCGGAGCCCAACGGGAACAUCACCCACUACCUGGUGUACUGGCAGCAGCAGGCAGAGGACAGUGAGCUCUAUGAACUCGAUUACUGCCUGAAAGGAUUAAAGCUGCCCUCAAGGACGUGGUCUCCUCCUUUUGAAUCUGAAGACCCCCAGAAGUAUAAUCAGAGUGAAGCUGAGGAUGUCAGUGGGGAAUGUUGCUCCUGUCCUAAAACAGACUCUCAGAUCCAGAAGGAGCUGGAGGAGUCUGCUUUCCGCAAGACCUUCGAGAAUUAUCUCCACAACGAGGUUUUUGUGCCCAGGCCAUCAAGAAGACGAAGAGACCUCGGCUCGGUGGCAAACGCCACCGUGGUGUUACCCACCAUCCCAUCCUCCCCCAACAAUUCAGCAGCAGCUGAGGGUGCAGAGGAGCAGAAGCCUUUUGAGAAGGUGCUGUCCAAGGAGUCCCUGGUGAUCUCGGGGCUGCGCCACUUCACCGGGUACCGCAUCGAGCUGCACGCCUGCAACCACGAUGCCCAGGAGUCCCGCUGCAGCGUGGCAGCUUAUGUCAGCGCCAGGACCAUGCCAGAAGCUAAGGCUGAUGACAUCGUUGGCCCAGUGUCCCAUGAGCUGGUGGAGAAGAACACUGUGCAUCUGAAGUGGCAGGAGCCAAAGGAGCCCAACGGCCUCAUCGUGCUCUACGAGGUGAACUACGGGCGGCUUGGGGAGACCGAGGAGGCCCAUUUCUGCGUGUCCCGCAAGCACUUUGCCAGCGAGAGUGGCUGCAAGCUGCGGGGGCUGCAGCCUGGCAACUACAGCGUGCGGAUCCGGGCCACCUCCCUGGCUGGGAACGGCUCCUGGACAGAGCCCACCUACUUCUACGUGGCUGAUUAUUUGAAUGCUCAGCCAAAUAUUGCUGUUAUCAUUGUUCCUAUUAUUUUUGCCAUAAUAAUUGCUGGAAUUAUUGGAGCUGCUUAUGUGCUUGUGAAAAAGAGACAAACCGAGGGACCAACAGGACCCCUGUAUGCAUCCUCCAACCCCGAGUACAUCAGUGCCAGUGAUGUUUAUGUCCCUGACGAGUGGGAGGUGCCACGGGACAAGAUCACCCUGCUGAGGGAGCUGGGCCAGGGCUCCUUCGGGAUGGUGUACGAGGGCAUCGCCAAGGACAUCGUGAAGGGAGAGCCCGAGACGCGCGUGGCCGUGAAGACGGUGAACGAGUCGGCCAGCCUGCGCGAGCGCAUCGAGUUCCUCAACGAGGCCUCUGUGAUGAAAGGCUUCAGCUGCCAUCAUGUGGUUCGCCUCCUCGGAGUGGUCUCCAAGGGACAGCCUACUCUGGUGGUCAUGGAGCUGAUGGCACACGGGGAUCUGAAAAGUUACCUGCGCUCUUUGAGGCCUGAAGCUGAGAAUAACCCCGGGCGGCCGCCCCCGACGCUGAGGGAGAUGAUCCAGAUGGCCGCGGAGAUCGCCGACGGCAUGGCCUACCUGAACGCCAAGAAGUUCGUGCACAGGGACCUGGCAGCUCGCAACUGCAUGGUGGCAGAGGACUUCACUGUGAAAAUCGGGGACUUUGGGAUGACCAGGGACAUCUACGAGACGGAUUAUUACCGCAAGGGGGGCAAAGGGCUGCUGCCCGUGCGCUGGAUGGCCCCGGAGUCGCUGAAGGAUGGGGUGUUCACCACCUACUCCGACGUGUGGUCAUUUGGUGUUGUCCUUUGGGAAAUAAGCAGCUUGGCAGAGCAGCCAUACCAGGGACUCUCCAACGAGCAGGUGCUAAAGUUUGUCAUGGAUGGAGGAUACCUGGAUCAGCCAGACAACUGCCCCGAGAGGCUGCACAGCCUGAUGCAGAUGUGCUGGCAGUACAACCCGAAGAUGCGCCCCACCUUCAUUGAGAUCAUCGAGAUGCUGAAGGAGGACUUGCACCCCAGCUUCCACGAGGUCUCCUUCUUCUACAGCGAGGAGAACAAACCUCUGGAGACGGAGGAGUACGAGAUGGACUUCGAGAACAUGGAGAGCAUUCCCCUCGACCCCUCCUCGUACUCCCAGAGGGACAAAGCGCUGGGGAGGGACAAUGGACCCUCCAUGGCCCUCAAGGGCAACUACGAGGAGCACAUCCCUUACACUCACAUGAACGGUGGCAAGAAAAAUGGGCGGAUUCUCUCCAUGCCCAGGUCAAGCCCUUCCUAACACUUCCUGUUUGGCCCAAGGGUUGUGUCUGCUUUUUUCCCCCCCUCCACAAAUCUCAGGACUCUUGUUAUUGCUGCCACAGUGUAUGACACACAUCUACAAACUCUUCAGAUUUUUAAUCAUCUUACGAUUAAUUUUUUUUUUUUUUUUUUUGCCAAGUUGACUGGUUGUCAGUGGACUUAUCUGUGAACAUAAAUGGAAGAGGUUUCCAUGGCUGCUGUCCCUUCUGUAACCAUGGUUUCACAACAGGAAGCGACCGUGUGAGUUCAACUGAAGGAGAAGCAUCCGCGUUUGCCAGCAGAAGACGUGAAGUUCUCUGGUGCCUGAGCUCCAGCCCAGCAGCGCGGAACAAGAGAUUUCCAGUAGAAUUCCAGGCUUUCAGGCAGCCUCUCCACUACAGCUGAAGGAUUCAGCACAUCAGUCAGAUCCUCAGAUUGACCAAUAGCUGCUGCUUUCAUACUUUGUUUUCAAGGGGUGAAACCCCCAGGGUGCGUGCGUGGGCGUGUGUGUGCGUGUGUGCAGUAUCAACAUGUGGGGUGUACCCUAUAGCAAAAGAGAACUUCUGGUUUUGUACACAACUUACAGCGCUUUCAGGCACAUGGUGGGAUUCUCGGGGUGUCCUGCACAGGGCCAGGAGUUGGAUUUGAUGAUCCUGGUGGGUCCUUUCCAACUCAGCAUACACUAUGAUUCUCUGUUCUCACAGGAGCUUUCCUCUUCUUGGAAGUGUGUACUUAUCUUUUUUCCCCAUUUCCCUGGAGGGACUGAAUCCUAAACAGAUUAUUUUUAUACUGAGGACUCUUGAGAGCAGGUUUUCUCUCAUUAACAAAUGAGGAGAACUUGCUGGGAGCUAAAUGAGCAGAACUCUGAGAUUUGUGGGUACUUUCAAGACCAAACGAAGUAGGAGUCCCCUGACCUGAGACACGGAGUUUUCUGUCCUUACAGCAUUGAGUAUAUAUAUUGUUUGUUGUAACAUAUUUAAAGAUGUCUUUAGUUUAAAUUUUAACUUCAUAUAAAUUAUUGACUGUUUAUGAUCCUUUUGGGGCGGGGAGAGUUUUGGGGGAUUGUUUGGUCUUAAAGUGGUCCAAAGAUUUCAGAAUGAACUAAUUUUAGCCUUGCAGGAGCGAUGAAGCACAUGUUCAGUUCAUACUUGACAAGGCUUUGUAAUAGUUUCAUGAUUUAUACAACACAGUCAGCUGGCUCCAGUCGAAGCCCCAUCUUGGGUGUUGGGAGCUGAAGGACACAGAACAUCCUGGCCUCGAGUCCUGCUCCUCCUCUGCCCCGUGUCCCUCGCUUUGCCUUCCGUGCCGCAGAUGCAGCCGGCGAGAGAGGACGAGCACGAGCUGGAGCUGAGGAAGGGACGCUGAAGAGGAGAAGCACAAAACUCUGGGCUCUGCACGCCGGAGGUGACCGUGGUUUGCUGCCUCUCUGCUGCUCCCAGGCCUCCAGCCUUGUGUUCCCCGAGAUUCCCACUGCAGAACUCCCCGGCUGUCGGCGCUCGCCGUCGGGACUGUGCUUUGUCGUGCUGCGUUUGCAGAGACAGAGCUGAUGGGCACCUGAUGCUGGAGAGUAAUGGUGAAACUCAGCCAGGAGUUGGCGGGAGCAGGGAAGGAAGAUGAUGAAUGUCACAGGCCCGUGGCAUGCAGGAGGUGCUUGAACAGCAGGGAGAGAUGCUCAGUCCUUCACUUCUCCUCCUGGAGAAGUCCACGAUCUGUUCUGUGCUCUCUGCCAGGAGAAGGCGAGGUGCCCUGGCUCGGGAGGGCAGAAGGCUGGGCUGGGCUGUGCCUCCAGCCCGGGCAGUGCUGCUGCUGUGAGCGAGGCAGAGGGGCUGCAGUCCAUGGGGAAGAGCUCUCUGAGCCCACACCCGGGGAUGCAGCUGGUGCUGGGAACCUCUGCCCCCAGCUGCUUCUGGCCAAAACAGCACUUCCAGAGUUGUAAAAGGGGGGACAGCAGACUCUGGGCAGCACCAGGAGCUGUUGGGCCCUUUGCUGCUGGAGGCUGUUGGGUUUGGCCCAGGUGGAGGGUACAGGUUGCUCCACAAAUUUGGGUGGAAAACACAGUCCAGACAUGGGUGAGAACCUUUGGAUUUCAAAAGGCCUCGUUUACAUUUCUUCUGCUUUACAAAGUUGUAACUGUUUAGCAGCUCUGUACUACACUGCAGGAAAGAAGACAUAUUCUCACACUUUUCUAAGGAAGAGAAGUUUUUCUUAUUAGAAUUUUUUAUUUAUUUUAAUAUAUAAAACACUGUAAAAAAAAAAAAGCAACAAACAAUUAGUUUUCUUAAACACACGGAACAUGUAAAUUUGUAUCAGCAAAAUCUUGGCAGGUGGAUGUGGUGGGAUUAUUUUUGUCCUGUUCUGGUGCAGUCUACCUCAGUGUUUCUUAAGGAUAUUUUUUAAUACUACACACCUCUAAACCUGUUUAAAUAUUCUGGUCUGAACCUAUUGUGGAUCAGGGAAAAUCAGUAUCAGCUGAUUCCAAUACCAGGGACCAUUCAUGAAGGGAAUGGGAAGGAGAAUGGCCCAUCACUGUUGAUCCCUAAUCUGAACAGUAGUGGCCAAUGAACCCAUUUACAAAUUUGGAUCUGAUCUCAUCCCUUAGUUCUGUUGUGAUUAAAAAAAAAAAAAAGAAAAAAGAAAAAAAAAUGUUUGGACUUUAGUGAACUCAUGACCUAAAAGGAGCAGGCUGCUUCCUCCUGGAUCAGCAUGUGCCACCAUGGAGCAGGGACUGGGACCAGCCCUUGCUGUUGGGGUUGCAUUGGGGUGGCUUGGUCACUGCUUUUCUCGCUGUGCACAGGUGACCCAAGGUCCUGCCAGUGACCUCCUGAAACAAACCUUUCCCAGCACACCCUUGCUUUGAUACCAUUUCCAAAGGCAGCGAUCGUAACUGUGGGAAUAGAAGAACUUUUACCUGAAGGAACAUUGGAACCUUGUAUUGGGUCUGGCUUUUCCCCAUGGUUGAUACUGGUUGGCCCUGUGAGUACACAUGGUUUGAACACUCGGAUGGCUGAGCCAGGGAGCGUGUGCUGCUCCAUGGACAGGCAGUCCCCUCCCACGGCUCAGUGUCACCUUCACCCUGCACCAAACGGAGCAGUUGUUUGUCCCCAGCACUGUGUGAAGGUUACUCAUCCUUCCUACCUUGUGCCCAGGGGGAGGGAAGGCGUGGUACCAGUGGGGAGGGUAUCGUGUUUCUACUCUGUAAAACAAAUAACACUAGUGGUUGCUGCUCGUGGCUGCUACAGAUCACAUUCAGCUGUAGAAUUAGGAAGAAUAAAUGAACAUCACCCGCAAAGCCCAGCUCUCACUGCUAGAAAAUCCUUCCUUGGCUCACAGCCGACACUUUGGUCUCUGCUGCUGGAAGAUCCUCGCCCCAGGGAUGCCCGAAUGCCUCACUCGGAUCUCGCUGAUUCCUGCUCAGAGAAUUCCUGCAAGUGGAGACUCAAGUGCUAUUGAAACCUCUGGGGUGCUGCCAGGGACCCCAGCCUGGGCAGGGGUGCUGUGCUGAGCCUUCCUUGGGGGAGCUGCUGCUCUUUGCUCCGGCCACAUCCUUAUGGGGCAGAAUUCCCCAGCUGCAGUGGAAGCUCCACGCUUGCUGCUCCUGCUGCUGCUUAGGAGGAACCAAACACUGGUGCAGGAGAGCAGGUGGGAUGGCUGGAGGAGGGCAGCCAGCAUUGGGAAGCUCUUUCUUUUCUUGCACAGGUGUUUGUUGGAGGAUUGGCUCCUGCCCUUUGUGGGCAGAGAAUGCCCCGCUAGCAGCACGGGGCAGCAGCACAGACCCCUCAGCCUGUCCAGGAGCAGCUGGAGCCUCCUGGGCACAGUCUGGCACCACCACGUAGCCUGGUGAAUUCACUCUGGUGAAUCAGGAGGAGCAAGAAGCUGAGCUCUGCUGAGCUUUCACUAAGAAAACGUCUGAAGUGCGAGGCUGGAGAGGUUUCUCAGAAAGGUUUCCACAUUAAACUCGAUUGCCACUUCCUGAACGGCUCUUGCCAAUCUGGAACCUCUCUGGCAGACCAGCACAGCACUGCAAAGCUUGGCUGCUGGGUUAGGAACGUGUCUGUCUUGGCUGCUUGUAAAUACUCUAUUGUGUUGUAAAAUAGAAGAGCUCAGACAUAAACUCUGUGCCAGCACUGGGUUGGGAAAGGUGAUGGGAACUAGACCACGCUGCAGCGAUGAUGGUAAAGCAGCUGUGUGGGUAUGAAGAGGCUGCUUUUAGGUUGCUAAAGGGUACUCUUAAUUUAUGGGUAGUUUAUCUCUUUCCUCCUAAAUUUGUAUUAUAGCGAUGGGACACUUUGCUUAAUUUUAGUCUGUUGGCUAUAGUGUUGGUAUCUCUUUGGAAAAAAAAAAUCUCAAAAGUUGCUUCUUGUGUUACUGAGCUGACUGUGCUGAAGACAAAUAGGAAAUGACAGGAGGGAGAAGGGUGCUGAGCCUCUGCUUUAGAGGAGGGAGGGAGGGAGGCAGUCGAGUUCCCUCUCAAAGCCACUGUGACACGAAGACGGACCCUGAGGUGUCCCAGGUCCUUCCUGCUACCAAGACUGGAACCUUGUUUUACAAGCCAGAACGUGAAAUAUCUUUGUGCCAUAAAACCUUACUGUCAAGGCUGUGCCAGGUGCUCCCGUGAUCCGUGUGGGAUGGGCUCAGAGCCUGGAGGGAGCUCAGAACUGCAGAUGAACCCUGUGAUCCUGUCGGAGCCGGGGGCUCGCAGGAACCCCGGCCCUGCCCAAAGAGCCGCCGCCCCUCGGAGUGUCCUGUGGUCCAGGGAAAGGAACUGCUGAAUGGGUUGGAAUCAAGAAAUAGUUACUUCGUGAAAUUCAACGUAAGAUUAGUUUGGUAUUUGUAUGAACUUAAUGGAAUUUGGCCUUUUUAUUACCUUCUGCUUGGCUCUGUGUUCCCUCUGCUUGGAUUCUGUCCGUGAGUGUCGGUGUAAAGCCCUGAUGUGUUCAGCCUCGUUAGGAGCAUCACAAGAGUGAAGCCAGUCAUCCAGCUGACUUUUGGAGGAACCUGACUGUUGAAAAGCAACUCUAAAGUUAACUGUUUUUAGCAAAUCUGCUGUCAUUAAAUGUGUAUUUCUUUUUAAAAUGAAUUUGCUUGUCCUUCUCAGAAGGAAGCACUUAUUCUUGCAGUUUGGGCAAAUUCACUGCAGCACAAUGCAAGCUGUAAGGGGACAGGUAGAGAAAUGACUUUUUAAAUAUUGUAUAAUAAAGUUAGUAUUAACUCCUAUGGUGUUGUUACUUUUUUGCCAACAGAUUUGCCAUCAGCCAGAAGUUCUGUUCCUGGUAGUGGUUUUGUUCCCACUCCGGUGUUCCAACUGGUGAUGUUAAAUAGUUUCCUUUCUCAGCCCAGAAGGAUCUCUUGGGAACAGGGUCUGGUGGCUGGGAGGACCUGGAAUAGUCCUGGCAGCUACAGAGAAGCCUAAAUACGGGCUCUUGCUUAGCUGAGCCCAUCCCCUGGUCCGUCCCAGCGGCACCAGUAAAUCUUGAGCUGAGGGCUCUUCACCUGAGAGCUCUGAGCUGGACUCAACACCAAAACUCUGUAAAUCCAGACUCUCCCAGCAGCAUUUCAACGCUUCCACCAUCCCCAUUUCCAAGUCUUUUCCCGUAACUGAGUCCCAUGAAAACUGAUGGAGAAUUUUAGAAAGGCCGCUUCUAAAUCUGCAGAGGUAGAGUGUUAUUUGAGCAGGAAAAGCAUUACCUUUUGCUUUAGUUAGGGGAAUGAUUUUAUUCUUGGAGUAUCAAAACUGGUUUGUAUUUGAGGACCCUCACGGAUGGGGGAACUGGACAUCAGCUUCAUCCAACACAGCCCAAAGCAAACGCUCUCUGCUUCACUUAAAUAAACCACAGAUGGUUUCAGUUACAUGUUAGGUGAUGUUCUGUGAAGUCUUGGGGUUUUUAUUUUUUUUCCCAGUUCAUUCUUGCUGCUCCCACCUGUCCCUCUGCAUAUCUAAGGUUCCAGAAUACAAAUAGUACUGCAGAUACCUCUUGUUUGAAAUAAAGGAUCAAAUGUGCCAUGAUUUUUUUUAAGAAAGGAAAAAAAAGAGAAAAGCCUUCCCCCUUGAUUUAUUUUUUCAGUGUUUUCAUAUCUAAGAGCCAAGCAGUGACAUGUACAGAAAAUCUUUGAAUAGUAAAAAAAAUUCUUGCUGUGUGUCGGAAUAUUGAACAAUUAACUGUUUAUAUUAAAAUUCUGAAUAAAUUAUCCAAGAAUAA